CCAACUUCACAUCAUUCACAUCACAUUUACGCAUCAUCACGUCGGAAGCUCUAGGACGCAAAGAGACAGAACACACGUUGGAUUCGGGUUGGGUGCUCUUUCGUGCUCUUGCGUGCUGUUCUGGUAUCUUGCCGAGGGCCGGUUCCCUCUACCGACUGCAGCACGAGCGACGCAUCAUCCGGCAUCAUCCUCGCCAGCGCGUAACGGAGUAUCUCAUCCCCUUGAUCUCAAUCCAGACCACCAGACACUACAGGGGUGCUUGCUUAUUACACCCUUGGAUUUGCAUUCUUCCUUUUCUUGGUUUCCGGCCCAUGGCCCCAUCCCUACAGCCUUCGGGACGCUGCAGUACUUGACUAAGCCUUCGACUUAUCUUGCUACGACAUACGCUUCCAAGAGUACCUGGAUUGGUGAUUAACGCCUUUGCCUAUCCUUCUCAGAUUCACCCCCACACCCUCAACUUCCUUGCCUCCCUCCACCAUGACCAAGGCAACAGGCCUGUCGGACUCUAUAUGGGCCAAGGGAAGACCCCACGUACCACGACCCUGGCCCGCCUCCUCUUCAUCAGUCUCCUUACCAAGCAUCGCCUCUGCCCCAACGCCAUCAUCAGCUUCAGCUUCAGCUUCGGUGACCAACAACUCCAGACCCCCGGUUUCAGCCUCCGCCUCCGCACCAGCACCAUCCGGCCACCGCCUGACCCCAUCCCAAGCCUUCCACCGCUUCGAGCAGGCCUGCCAGCGUCUACGGUGGAAAUUUUUAGAUCUGCAGACCUCGUAUCAGCGCGCUACUAGCCCGGAGGAGCAUGGCUUUACGAAGGUGGAUGCUGAGCGGAACUUCAAGGUCGACUUUCAUGAGUUUUACGUCUGGAUCGAGCAGGCCAUUGUGUUGUUGCUCCUCAUCUUUGGUGUGUCGAUCUCACGUAACGCAUAUGGGGGACCAUCUUUGGCAACCAACUUCGGCCAUGCAUAUCAUCACAAUGUGCUCAAGGCUCUCGAGGAAGAAGGAUGCCCUGUUCAUGGUGCCUUAGGCCACGGUGAAGUCAACCAAGCGUUGUGGAAGGCCAAGGAACUGCGGAACCGGUGGAAGGAUGCUGCUGAAGGGCGUGAGACACCACCGCUUAAGAUGUAUGACCUGACGUGGAUCGUAACCAUGGUCUUAUGCGGUCUGGAGGAGGCGUACGCAGUCGCCGCUCGACAUGUCGCCCUGGAGCUGCAGAUGGAGACGGAACAGACGCAGGCCCAGGGGGCGAGCAGUAAUGGGAAUGUGGGUAAUGACACGGCUAGCGGUGGGGAGAUGGAUGAUGAGUGGGAGUGGAUGGUAGAACCCAUGGACUGGGAGGCGGCUUGAUGGGGGCGCGAUGAGCGAACAGGAUAAAAUAAAAGAGGGACAUGGGAGAUUUUCCAGGUGUUUUAAGGUGGGACGGGAGACUUUGGAUUAGGGUCUGUCUGGUGUUAUAGUAGCUUCUGAGUAGCUUCUUAGACGGUAUAUUGGGUAGUCUAUCUGAGAUGGACCACCAUCAUGAUGUCGAUGUGUCUGUCUGUAUUCUCUGAAUAUGGCGUUCAUGAUGAAAUUAACUAAUCACAAAAAAGACCAUCUGAUAACGAAAC